AUGUCUGUUACGGCGCUACCUCGCGACACCGCCUAUCAAGUGCGGUCUUUGUUUCGCUCCUUACUCCGCCAAUCUUCGCAAUUCUCCAGUUAUAACUUCCGGGAAUACGCUCGGCGAAGGACGAGGGAUGCUUUCCGUGAACACCAGAAGGAGAACGAGGAACGCAAGAUCCAAGAAUUCAUACAGAGUGGACUGAAGGAACUAAGGAUGAUGAAAAGACAAACCACCAUUAGUCAAUUCUACCAGCUCGAUAGGCUCGUCGUCGAGGGACAGGAGACGGGCAAGCAAGUCGGGAAUAAAGGUGACAUUGUCCGUCAAAAGGAUACUGGGUACUUCAGGUCCUCGCGGUCCGGUCGUCAAUUUACAGAGAAUGCGUCUCGAAGCCGAGCAGCAGACCACGACGUGUUCGAGGGUCUGCCCAUUCGCCGCUGGACCCGUCAGAACCACACCGUUUCUCAAGAUGCCCAGAUAAAUAUACCCAGCAACACAGGUCGCGAGCCACAGGCCGACUAUCCCUUUCCAGAACUGCCCAUGCCAAAGGAUAGCCAUUUGCUAGCACCUCAAAGUCGCGCAUUGCUUCGUGCUGCUCGCGCCGGCUACAUUUAUCUCCGCGCCCCGUCGAAAGAAUCGCAGGCAACAGAGGAGAAAGAACCAGCCGAAACAGACGAGACGGCCAAUGUCGCGAAAAUGGAGAGGAGCUAUACGGCUCGGAAAUGGUCGCAAUUACCGAAGCAUGUUGAAGUUCCAGAAGUCGAGUUCUUGGCCAAGAGGAGAGCUGGUUUACCUUCUCUUUACGGUGCUGCCGGGGCACUUACGGCAUCAACGGCGAAUUCUGCGCAAAACAUGAGGAAAGUCAAGGUGAAGAAGACCGAUCCUAUUUCAGGCAAUAUCACCAUUUACGACGCCUGGGUUCCAGAGGGGCAAAAAGUCGAAGGCGAGAUCAAAGACGAAUCCCAAGUGGCCCCUACUCAACAAGAUGCCACUGUUACCAGGGUAAUUCCGCCUCCGGGUACUGUGGUAGAUGGCGUUGGGGUUGCAAAUGCCGAAGGAGUUGUGGUUGCUCCUCCAGCGCCGGCAGAGUCGCCCUCCAAACGCUCAGGGCCUCCGCCACCGAAGCGAAAGAACAAAAGCAUUGGCGGUAAAAGCCACAAGCGGGUCAUGUUCGCACCUGGUGAAGGGGGAGAAGCUGGCGAAGGAGACUCCAUGGUUAUUGAUGGCGAACAAGACGAAGACAUGGAAGACAGCGAAGACGCUAUUAAAGCUGAAGAGAAGACGCCAACUGAACAGGCCCCGCAACCCAGUGAAUCAGAACCAACGCCUAUGGCUUUGGACCAGUCCGUCACACCAAGCCUUCCACCUCCCGCAGAUAUCACUACCCCAUCAUUAACUCACGAACCUACACCUUCGACUGAUGUGAUUUCUCCAGAGAAACCUGUAUCAUCGCCAGAAAAGCCGUCUCUCGAGGAGACACCAGCGCCUCAGCUUCCUGCAGAUAUUCCCAAUAUGGAGCCUACUACGAAUAUAGAGCAACAGCCACAAUCUCCUGUGCGGCCUCAGUCCGAACAGCUCACCCCCCCAACUCAACCAUUGACGGCUAUGCCAAGUGCCAUGGACAUUGACAAGGAGCCUGCAGCAACAGUUGAUCAAACGCCGAGUGUGGAAACUGAGGUCAAAGCAGAGAACCCUAACACACCUAUUCCUCCUACUACCGAAAACUCGGUGGGAGAUCAACCAGUUGCAACCACUAUAGCUCCAGAACCUACACCGCCAAGUGAAUCUUUAGCUCCUGUUGUCGAGCAAGUCGAUAUUGUCGAGGCUGCUCAGCCAACAAAAGAGGAGCCAGAUACCAUUCCAGCAGAUACAGAAAACGCACAAUCCCAACCACCAGCCGUCGCUACCACUACCGAAGAAGUUGCUCCUUCUCAACCGAUCACAUCAGAACCGACUCCCCAACCCCCAGCGGCUUCUCUUCCGGAAACCACUGACGCACUGAGCAAUGUUGAGUCGAACGUUGACGAGAAACCCAAACCGUCGGAUAACAAUGUUUCUCCCCCUCCUACCCCAGUGACGGAGGCUCCGGCGGAUGCUCCAGAACAGGCAAAUCCUGCUGCUUCCGCUCCAGAACCAGAGCCGGUAGCAGCUCCACCUCUGUCUGAGCCUACUACUGAUGCUGCUGCACCCAUCGCACCUGCGCCCGUCGAACCUACACCGACUGUUGAAGCCGCAGUGCCAAUCGAAGCCCCGCCAGUCGUGGCCUCUGAGCCCGUCCCUGUAGCUGAACCGGCAGCAGUCGUUUCCGAUGAAAGUAAAGGAGCCGAAGCUUCGCCAGAAGAAAAGCCUGAGCCUGCACCGCACGUCGACGAAACACCCGACCUGCCUACUGAAAACCCUCCUCCUGCCGAUCAAUGA